UUAUUGGCACGGCCCGUGAUCGCUGCAUCAGUGUUACGUUGCAGCCAAGCCACGUCUGAGCGUUGCGUGCACUUGGACAGAUCCCGGACCUCUCUUGGCCAGCACAUGCUUUGUUUCAUGUUUCAAGCCCUGUUCGUUCCGUCUGAAAAAUGGCUUCCAAUUCCUGUUCAAAGAAACGGAAACUGGAGACAAAAACAUACAAAGAAAAGUACAAGAUCGUGAAGUUUUGUGAAGCCAAUCCUAGGAUGAGAAAGGUGGAUCUGGCUCAGAAGUUUGGCCUUCCUCGAGGAACCUUGUAUGAUAUUUUGAAAAACAAGGACAAGAUCAUCGAAGCUGUGGAAAAACCUGAUGCCAGGAAGGGCGGUAUAAAGCGCGUCAAACAAUUAACUUACGAUGAUGUGAACUCUGCCCUUAUCGUGUGGUUUCGGCAGAAAACAAGUUUGCCGGAUAUUCGAAUCGACGGUGAAAUGUUGCUAGUGCAGGCACGGAAAUUCGCCGCUGACCUUGGCCAUGAGGAACCCGAGAAACUGAGCCCAAGUUGGAUCGAGCGAUUUAAGGCCCGCUGGGGAAUCGGCCGAGUCCACAAAGCAGGUGAAUCUGACGGUGUUGACAGGGCCGUUGUCACCGAUUGGAAGGAAGGCAAAUUGCAACAACUUCUAGAGAAAUACCAGCCAGAGGACAUUUAUAAUGCAGACGAAACUGGGCUCUUCUGGCAACUGCUCCCGGAGAACUCCCUUGGUUUCAAAGGGCAAUCUCACCACAGGAGAAAAGAGAUCAAAACUCGUAUUACACUUCUCGUAUGUGCCAAUAUGGAUGGCUCAGACAAGCUACCCUUGUAUGCCAUUGGCAAGAAUAAAAAACCACGCGCCUUCAAAAAUGUAUGUCAUUUGCCCAUCACCUACACUGCAAAUAAGAAGGCUUGGAUGACAUCACAUCUGUUCGACAAGUGGCUAAAAAAUCUUGAUGACCAGAUGGGAAGUCAAGGAAGGAAAAUCGCCAUGGUCGUUGAUAAUUGCCCUGCCCAUCCACAAAAAGAAUAUGAGAACAUCAAACUCGUAUUCCCGCCUCCAAACACCACAAGCUGCACCCAACCGAUGAAUGGUGGUGUGAUCAAGAACCUGAAGACCCACUACCGAAGGAUUCUUGCAGCGCAUCGCCUGGAAGCAGCGAGGAGAAAUUCUCCCUUCAAAUGGGACCUCCUUGAUGCACUCUUUGCUGUCAAGAAUGCUUGGGGUCAGGUCACCCAAGCUACAAUCGCAAACUGCUUCCGAGGAGUUGGCUUUGUAUGCCCUGAUGAGACAGGUCCGGCAGAAGCUCCAUCUGCCGAUGAUGCCCCGCAGCUGUUAAGUGAAGGGGACGCACGCCAGUUCCGCAACAUCUGGAACAGUCUGGCAGACAUCUUCGGCCAGGAUAGAAUCCCAUCUCUUGGGGACUAUGUUGAUAUCGAUGCAGAAUGCGGCGGCAACACCCAGGAACUCACUGAUGAGGACAUCGUCAAGUUUGUGACGUCUGGGAAUGUCACCUCGGAUAUGGAUGCGGAAGGUGCUAAAUCCAACGGAAGUGCCAAUGAGGUCCCUAGCGAGCCUGCACCGCCUCCUUCUAUCCAUGAGGCUUUCAAAGCUCUUGAUGUUAUCAGGCGCUUUGCUCUGUCAUCAGAAGUUCUCCCGGCCAGCCUGAUCGAUUUUGGCGACCGCGUGGAAACGUUCCUUGUGGCUGAGAUGCCCAAGAGAAUGAAACAGUCACAAAUCACUGAUUUCUUCUGAAUGGACAAUACGUAGAACUUUCCGAGGGCGAGUCAAUCACAUACAUGUACAUGUACAUAAUUUAUAUGUAGAAUCUCUCAUAUUUUAGGUAGGUUUAGACGAACAGUUUUCAAUUUAAUAGAGGCUUCCCAUUCAUAAUAUGAAUGUUUGAAUUUACAAAUGGUGGAGAUUGUGAAGUCAAAUUUACUAAUGUUAUCAGACUUUUCAACUUUGCCCACUUGCAAGAAAUUCAUCUGAAACUUUUUUGUGUAAUUUACGAAGUUCAAAAAAAGAAAGUAUAUCAAGGCAUAAAUGAAAACGAAGGAAAAAUAUUCCGGUGAUGAAUUUUUAUUUUAUAGCUGUUCAUAGUGCAGCAGAUAACUGUAAAAAUCUUUCAAAUGUGGAUACAAGUACCAAAAUCGACACAAAUACUCCUAAGGUAUAAACUCUUUUGAAAAAUCUCAUUAGCCACUUGAAUUUUAGAAAUGGCCGCCAUUUUCCAAGAUGGCCGCCAUUCCUGCAUAAACACCUACAUGUAUUUUACUACAAAAUUUUUUACCCACUUGACUGAUUUUGAUAGUUUUGCUACUGAAUCCUAUAUAUGUUUUGACGCUGGGGAAGUCAAAUUUACAACUCCACAACUUCUACAGAGCUUCUUUGUGCCAUUUCUAACAAAGAAUGUGAAAAUGUAUACAUAAAACGCCGGAUAAUUGGGCAGAGGAGAGGGGAAGAGAUGUACUCGGUGCUGCAACCUGGGGGUUUGUGUAGGUCAUGGCAGGGAGAUGAAGUGCAAGCCCAAGCCGUUUCAGUAGUGCCAUUGGAGUGGGUAUGCAGCCCAGACAACUAUCUCUUUGUCUUCAACAGCAAGUAACUGUUCCUGUCACUCCGAUCCCUGUUCCCACCAGCCCUGAAUCCGCUCCCCCUCAGUGGAAGAAUUUGGCUCUGACCACUGACAAGAGGAGCUGGUUGUCAAUGCCACAGGAUGUGUCAACCUCAGUCGGGUCUACUUCACCCCGGCCCAUAGUUGGCGUCGGUCACCCGAGCUGUUUAUGACAGGCGCAAACGGCAUUUCUAUAAAUGUUGCAGACGACGUACAAGAUCUAUUGCUCCGAAAUUGUAGCCGUUCAUCCAGGUUUCCAGGACGGUUCUUCAAUUUCCGAUUUCUCCCCCCCCCCCCCAGCCACCGAACACUCCUACUGUCAUGGGGUCUUGCAAGCUCUCGCCCAGCCUCCUUUUGAACCUCUCGACCACGCUACUCUUAUGAAUGUUGCCUUGAAAACUGCCUUCCUCCUGAUGGCAGAUACAGCCCGCCGCCACAGCUCAUCACAUGAGUGAAUUCCAUGCCCUGACCAUAAGUCAAGGACAUUUGCAUUUGGAGCCCCCAUUGCUCUUUCCUCAAGAAGAACUAGUUUGUGAUGUUCUCCCCGCCUUACAUCUUCGUCCCUGACUUGAAAUCCUUCUACUCUGUCCCGGAGGACAAGCACUGGUGUCCUGUCCUGACCUGACCCUCAAGUGGUAGGCCUGCCUUCAUUGGACUUCACCAAUCUGCGGUGACCAACAGGCUCUUUUUAUAACUACGGUUUCACCGCCUCGUCCAGCAUCCCGCGAUAAUCACUCGCUGGGUCGUUACGGCAAUAUGACUCGCAUCCCCUGACUGGCCUAUCCUGAAGUACAAGCCCAAGAAGUUUGCUGCAUGGCGACCUCUUGGGGCGUUUUCAAAGGAGUGCCUCUAGCAGAUACCAUACUAGCGGCAUAUUGGAAAUCCUCCAACACCUUUGAUCACCUCUUAGUAUCUCAAGAAUGUGCUGAAAGGCGACAGCAGAACCAGUCGUGCAGCCUAUACUGCCUCAGCGGUGUAUUCGGAUCCAGUUCCUCCUUCCCUGGUGCCCCACAGUACCAACCAGUGAUGGCUUAACCCAUUAU